AUGACCGACGAUAAAACAGAUAAACAGAAAUAUCCAACAGCAAAGGCGGAGCUGUCAAUAAUAUAUAACCAAGGAUCGUGUCUAAGUCAAAACAAAAUAUUUAGUGUACCAGAGUUAAUUGCUUCAAAAAAGCAAUAUAAAACAACUUACAAUUCAAAAAGCUUAGACGAUCUUUUUUUUAGGAAUACAACUCACUUUAAGUCUGAUUUCUUAGUUUACAUUAUACCUAAGCUCAUAUACCAAAAUAAAGAAUACCAUUUUCUGAACAAUCCUGUAUUGAAAAUAUAUCGCUGUCAACUUAAUACCAAUGAGGAAAGCUGUUGCUGCUCAUGCAAUUCGGAUGCUAUGUUUGAAGUAAUGAAAAGUCUGUAUGAUUGUUAUAAAAAGAAAAAUUGUGAUAAUUGUAAUUGUAUACUGUGUGGACAUUUGCCUAGGGAAGAAAGACGUUUAGGAGAACUGAGGAAAUCUAGUGUGAGUGUAACAAAAGUAGAAGGUGAAAAAAGGAAAAAAUCCAAAGAAAUAAUUAAACAAAAAAUUUCUUCGCUGAAAGGUAAAAAUGUUGCAGAAAAAGAAAAGAUUUUAAGAGAUCUUAUUAAAUCAGGGGCACCAUUGCCUCAACCAAAAACCAAAUCAGAUAAAGAAAUAAUUAAAAGAGUUCAAACUGAACUUAGGCAUGUUGGACUACCACCUGAACCUAAAACUGCUUCAGACAAAAAGAAAUAUGAUAAAGCAUUGGAAAUGGGCUUAAUUACUCCAUUGUUAGGGAAGUCUGCAUCUGAAAAAGAAAAAGUUCUACAAGGCCAGGCAGACUUAGGCUUAAAACUACCUGAAGGUCAUACCGAAUCAGAACAAAAAUUAAUUGCUAAAAUUAAAGCGGCCAAGAUAGAACCAUCGGAAUUAAAAGUACCGUCAUCCAAAUUGCGCAAGUCUAAAGCUGAAGGCAUUCGAACAACAUUACAAGGUAAGACACCAGAAGAAAAGGAAAAAAUAAUAAAAGAUUUAGCAAUGAAAGGUAUUCCACUGCCCGAUGGUAAAAGCGCAUCAGACAAGAAACUAAUUGAUAAGGUCCGCGCUGAGAUCGGUCUUCCACCUCAACCUAAAACUUCUUCGUCUAAAGAAAAUUAUGCAAAAGCACAGGGGGCUGGUCUAAUAGUGCCACUUGAAGGCAAAACUGAAUCUCAAAAGGAAAAACUUUUAAAAGAACAAGCUAAGUUAGGUUUAUCACUCCCUGAAGGCCGAACCCCGUCAGAGAAAGCUUUGAUAGCUAAAGUAAAAGCACAAACGCCCGCAGUAGUCACAAUUGCAUCAGAUAAAAUUAAAAGUACUAAAAAAGGUGUAGGUUUAUUAACACCAUUACAUGGGAAAACACUGGAACAAAAAGAAAAUAUAUUAAAAGAUUUAGCAAUGCAUAACAUUCCAUUACCGGAACCUAAAACACCGUCAGAAAAGUUAGCUGCUGAUAAAGUUCGUAAUGAUCUUGGUUUACCACCAGAACCAAAAUCAAAAAAGGAAGUAAGUAAAUACAAUCAAGCUGUUGCAGCUGGACUCAUUACUCCAUUAGAAGGCAAAACACAAGCUGAGAAGGAAAAAAUUCUGCAGGGUCAAGCUGACCUAGGCCUUCAACUACCGGAGGGUAGAAGUCCUUCUGAAAAAGCUCUUAUAAAAAAAGUCAAAGCUAAAAAAAAGAAACACCGUGGUAAGGUAGUUGAAGGUAUAUUACCUCCUGAUAAAAGACAAAAACUAGAUGAUAAAACUCGAAAAGUUUUAAAAGAAGGUAAAGGACCAAGUGAUGAAUGUAUUUGUAGACUAAUUUCACCAGAAUCAGAUAAAGUAAUAGAAUCAAAAUCUAAGGCAACGAAGACUAAAGACAUUAAAACUCCAUCUCAAAAAGAGAAAAUAAUACGAGAACUUGCAAAGCAGGGAGCACCGUUACCAGUACCUAAGACACAUUCAGAAAAAAAAAUUCUUGAUAAAAUACAGGCUGAUUUAGGAUUACCUCCUGUACCAUCAACACCAUCAUUAAAAGAAAAAUAUGUUAAAGCCCAAAAAGAAGGUAUUAUAGUUCCACUAGAAGGUAAAACGCCAUCACAGAAGGAAAUUAUUUUGAAAAAACAAGCUAAAAUGGGUAUAACAUUACCGGAAGGACGAACGCCUUCAGAAACAGCUUUGGUGAACAAAAUUCGCACUGCAGUAAAACCAGAAAGUAUAGCUUCCAAAAAAUUAUGGAAAGCGAAAGAAGCCGGUAUUUUAACGCCUCUUACGGGUAAAUCUCCAGAUGAACAAAUAAGAAUUUUGAGAAAUAUAGCCAAGGCAGGGUUACCUUUACCGGAAGGGAAAACUUCUUCCGAAAAACAAAUAAUUCAAAAAGUAAAAGAUGAUAUGGGUUUGCCAUCGAAAGGAAUACCUUCUGAACUGUUUCGUAAAGCUAAGGCAGCUGGUCUUAUUACGCCAUUGGGAGAUAAAACACAAGAACAAAAAGAAAAAAUUUUGAGAGAUAGAGUCGCUAUGGGCUUGCCUCUUCCAGAUGGUAUUACACCUUCUGACAAACAGUUGAUAAAAAAAAUUAAAACGUCCCCUGAGAUUAAACCACUUUCUGAAAAAAUAAGGUUAGCGAAAGCUGCAGGUUUGUUGACUCCGUUAGAAGGUAAAUCACCAGAACAGAAAGAAAAAGUUUUAAAGGGGUUGGUUAAAGCUGGAUUACCCUUACCUGAUGGUAAAUCGCCUUCAGAAAAAAAACUAAUAGAAAAAGUCCGAGAAGAAGUGGGUUUACCACCGAAACCCAAAACAUCGUCGAUGCAUAACAAAAUGAAGCAAGCUCAUUUAGCUGGUAUUAUAACACCUUUAGAAGGGAAAACGUCGACGGAAAAAGAAAAAAUAUUAAAAAAGAUGCAUGUAAAUGGUAUACCACUACCAAAGGGGAGAACGCCGUCAGAAAAAUCUCUAAUUGAAAAAAUUAAGGCUGAUGUUAAAUUGAAAGCACGCAAAGAACCAUCUAAGAUAGAAAAACCUAAAUCCAAAGACUUAUUAACGCCACUUGAAGGUAAAACCCCUACUCAAAAGGAAAAAGUUAUUAGAGAAUUAAUUAAAUCUGGUCAACCUUUACCGGAAGGGAAAACACGUUCCGAGUUAGCGUUAAUAAAUAAAAUUAAAGCUGAAAUGGGGCUCAUUAUGCCGCCGGAAAAAGUACAAAAAUUGGACAAAAAAACAGCAAAAACUAUGAAAGAAGGAAAAGGCCCAAGUGAUGAAUGUAUUUGUCAUAUCUUAUCACCCGAAGUUAGGAAAGAAAAAUCCGCAGAAGCCUUAAGAGUUCCGUCGGAAAGAUUUCGUAAAGCGAAAGAAACAGGGUUAUUAACACCUCUUCAAGGAAAAUCCAUAGCAGAGAAAGAAAAAAUACUUAAGGGACUAGCAAUGCAAGGAAUCCCUCUGCCGGAAGCAAAAACUACAUCCGAGAAGAAACUUAUAAAUAAGAUUCGUGCUGACGUAGGCUUACCACCAGAACCGAAAACAUCUUCUUUAAAACAAAAGUAUAAUAAAGCCAUCGCUGCUGGUUUAAUUACUCCCUUACAAGGUAAGUCUAUUGGGCAGAAAGAAAAAAUUUUAAAAGGGCAAGCUCAGAUGGGCCUGCCUCUACCAGAAGGAAGAACGCCUUCAGAGAAGUCCUUAAUUCAAAAAGUCAAAACUGAUUAUGAAAAACCUUCAAAGACUCGAAUUGGGGCUCUGUCAGAAAAGAAAGGUAAAAUAAAAACAAAAUCUAAAAAAAUUGAAGUUGCUGCUGAACGGCUAAGUGGUAAAAGGUUAACCAAAACAAAAGGCGCUAUUACAGAAGAAUUUGAAGACAUUAUUAAAACUACUACUUGUGACAAAGGUUGUGGAUGUGACAAAAAGAAAAUAAGAUUUAAGCAUAGUUACGUUAAAAUUAGAGUUACUUCACCUGAUAUAUCUUCUUUAUGUCCUUGCCCCGAAGAAUGUCUUCCAGGUGUUAAAGGUGGAGUUUUUACUGACAAUGAAGGCAUCAAAGUAACGGUUGGAAGAGCUAUAGGGAUACCUUCGUUUUCAUCAAGAAAGUCUUUUUUAAGUGAUGUGAAUUUAAAAUUAUACAAAACUUUUUUCAAACCAUCUUAUGCCGUGUUAUCAACAACAGAACUUUUAACUAGUGAAAGUGCUUUUAGUUUGUUCGGCUAUCAUUAUAACGUUGCUAAUCGAUCUCCUAGGAAUGAAACUAAAUCCGAAAUAAAAAUCAACAAAGAAAGUUGUUAUAUGAACGAGAUUUAUCAAAAAUACUAUAACAACUAUUCCUUCGACCGUAUGGAUAUUGAAAGCAAUGAUAAGCACAUUAAUUUGCAAACAUUUAAAGAAAAUCGUUGUAAAAAGAUAUCGUUUCAAGAAUUUUCUGUCACAGAUACUUCGCAGGACACAAACUACAAGACACGAAAACAUAGAACGUUAAAAAUAAAAGAAAACUGUCGUAUUAUUAGUACGGAUACUACACAAGAUAGACCAUGUUGCUGUGAAGUAAGCGGUAAAUUAGACGUGCCAUCUGAUGUAUGUCAAGAUAGAAUGGAUAAUAUUGUAACAGAAAUAUUGACACCAAUCAUACUGAAAGAAGCUGAUGCCCUAGGGACACAAAAUCAAAUUCGCAGUGAAACACCCAAUUCCUCAAGAGCACUGUGUAAUAAUUGCGGGGCUGCUAAUAAAUCAUUACAAAAAAAGGUAAAUUUACUAUGCCCUUGCGAACAUCAUCAAAUAUUUUCUGAAGAUAAUCAUACUGAACACCAACAAAAUAAAAACAAAAAAUGUAAAUGUAAAGAAAAGAAACUUUUGAAAAAGAACAUAAUAUGUGAAUGUCCCGAAGAACCUGAGCCUGAAAUAGAUUUAAGUGAAUGGAUUGAUGAAAAACAAAUGCGAAAACUUAAAUCUGAGUUAACACAGACAAGAUCAGGGUUUAAAAUUAAUAAACCUCGAAGAAAGUAUGAUUUAGAAAAAAGUGACCUAGAUAUGAAUUUCGAAGAUAUAUUGAAAUAUAUUGCAAAUAACCUUGAGGAGGAGAACAACAAAUAUAAUAAAGACGUUUGCGACUGUUCAAGUAAUUUAGAAUCAAAAUCGAAAAAUAUCACAAACUGCGAAUGUCCUUACGAAGAGCCACCUUCCCAAAUCCAAACUGAAGAAACAUCUAAGGAAGAGCCAUUUACCGGUAUUAAAUUUCAUAUAAGCGGCAAGGGAUCUGGAUCUAAAGGCCUUAAUGGAAUUUUAUGUUUCAACCUGUUAAACGACUUUUCUAAACAAAUUUAA